AUGUCGAUCCACGGCUAUCGCCUCGUUUACCGUCUUCACUUUUACCUAUUCGCGUCUGAGCUUCCUUUCGAGACGAAGGGAGCUUCUGUCUCCGCCUUCCGGACGGCACCGGGCGGCCACAACACAAACACAUACCGACAUUGGGUGGCGGAAGAGGCUGACGGCCCUCGGACGUUCGAAAAAUCGCUGCUAGAUCUCAUCCGGGGUCUCCGCUACCACAAGGGAAACGAGAAGGAGUACAUCCAGAAGAGCCUAAAAGAAUGUCGGGCCGAGGUGCGCAGCCAGGACAUGGACGUCAAAGCGACAGCGCUGCUGAAGCUAGUCUACCUCGAGAUGGUCGGACACGACAUGUCGUGGGCGUCGUUCCACGUGCUCGAGGUGAUGUCGUCGCAGAAGUUGCACCAGAAGCGCAUUGGAUACCUGGCGGCAGUGCAGAGCUUCCGCACGGACACGGAGGUGCUGAUGCUGGCGACCAACCUGCUCAAAAAGGACCUGUGCUCAUCGUCGCCUGUGACUAUCCAGCUGCCGAUUGCGGCCCUGCCACACCUAAUCACGCCGUCGCUGGCUAUGUCGGUGUUGCCAGACCUGCUUCCGCGGCUCAAUCACUCGCACCGUGUGAUCCGCAAGAAGACCAUUGUGACGCUUUACCGUAUGGCGCUCGUCUUCCCUGAGACGUUGCGGGCAGCGUGGCCCAAGAUCAAGGACCGGCUGAUGGACCCGACCGAGGAUCCCAGCGUGACGGCGGCCAUUGUCAACGUGAUUUGCGAGCUCGGAUGGCGCCGGCCACAAGACUUUCUGCCGCUGGCACCGCGGCUCUUUGAGCUCUUGGUUGAUGGCGGUAAUAACUGGAUGGCCAUCAAACUGAUCAAGCUUUUUGCGACUUUGACGCCACUCGAGCCUCGUCUAGUUCGCAAGCUGCUUCCGCCCUUGACCGACAUCAUCCGCACGACACCGGCUAUGUCGCUUCUCUACGAGUGUAUCAACGGAAUCAUCCAAGGCGGCAUACUGGGCAGCGACGACGACAUAUCCGGGCGGGAGGAGAUCGCGUCGCUCUGCGUGACCAAACUGCGAGGGAUGAUCAUGGUCCAUGACGACCCCAACUUGAAAUACGUUGCGCUGAUCGCGUUCAACAAGAUCGUGUCGACACACUCCUUCCUCGUAUCGGAGCAGGAAGACGUGAUCAUGGAGUGCAUCGACAGCCAAGACAUCAGCAUCCGGAUCAAGGCGCUCGACCUGGUGCAGGGCAUGGUCAGCAGCGACAACCUGAUGUCGAUUGUGGGCCGGCUGAUGCGACAGUUGAAGCAGUCGACGUCGGCAGCACCGAAAAAGACGACCGAAGUGCGACAGCUGGAGUUCCGGGCAGACUCUGACGACGAGGCAGAAGCGGCAGCCCAGCCGAAGAGCCAGGAGGCGCUCCUGCCGGAGGACUACAAGAUCGACGUGAUGCACCGGAUCCUGUCCAUGUGUGCGCAGAACAACUACAGCAACAUUGCGGACUUUGACUGGUACAUCGACAUCCUGACACAGCUGUUGCGGACAGCGCCGCCGUCACGGGGGGGUGACAGCGACGGUGGCGGCGACAGCGACAGCACGGACGCGAACAACGGGCCGUGGUAUGUGCGGACAGGCAGCACAGACAUCUCGGAGCGGGUCGGCAACGAGCUGCGGAACGUGGCGGUCAAGGUGCGGGCGAUGCGGGCAGCGGCCGUGGGGGCAGCCAACUCGGUGAUUGGGCAGCUCAGCACAGAAGCGGCAUCGGCGACGACGGUACAGGUAACGACGCGGUCGCUGCGGCCGAUGGUGUGGAUGGUGGGUGAGUAUGCCGAGCUGCUGGAGUCGGCCGAGGACACGCUAUCGCUGCUGCUGCAGCUGGUACCACGGAUCCGAGCGGCGGAGGUGUUGGCGACGUGCGUGCAGGCGCUGGCGAAGCUGUUUGCGUUUGUGGCGGGCAAUGAUGCGCCUGGAGGGUGGCAGGAGCGAGCGGUUGAGCUGUCGGAGCUGCUGCGGCUGGCAGACGAGGCAGCGUCGGCGCAGUCGCCGUCGAUCGAGGGCGUGCAGCAGGACGCGCCGCUGCUGCUGACGGAGGCGAUCCCAUCGUUGUUCCGCGGCUGGGAGCUGAACUCUGUGGCGGCGGGAGCGCAGCUGAACAUACCGCUGCCACAGGGCUUAGACCUGGACGAGCCGAUCCACGCAAAUCUGGGCGCGCUGUUGGCGGCAGCGGCAGCAGCAGAUCAGGAUGGCGGGCAGAUCACGACGGGUGGCGUCAACGACGACGACGACUUUGACGCAUACUACUACCAGACAGCAGCACCGGCCAGCAUCUCGUCGGCAGAGAUGCCGGCCAUUAGCAGGCUGCCAGAGGGACCGGAAGCGGGGUCCUCUUACCAACAACAGCAGCAACAGGCUCCAGACGAGGAGGCAUACCUUGAUGCCGACAUCCUAGCGAGACGCAAGGCCGAGCGAGAAGAGCGGUACCGCGAUGAUCCGUUCUACAUCCAAGGGAGUGGUGGCAAGGGGCUGCGAACAUCGACGCCGAUCCACGACAUUCUGACCAAGGAAAACGGCCAGGACCUGGAUAUUGACUCGAUCCCGGUGAUGCAGCUGGACCUCCAGGCUCUGGGAGCGGCCAAGGCGCGGCCGAGCGGCGCGACAGGGCAGCCGCAUCAGGCACGGGCGCGGCCCAAGAGGAUUGUGGUGGCGGCAGAUGAGAUGCUGGCCGGCAGCGGACGAUCGACGCCGCGUAGCCUAGAGUCGGACGUGUCGAGCGACGGACGGCAGCAGCCGCGCCGCAAGACGACGAAGCACCAGCAGUCGCUACUACAGGUGGACUCGAGCUACAUUGGGACACUGAGCCUGGAGGAAGUGGCGGGAGAUGGGGAAGGGGGUGGAAGUGGAAGCAGUAGGGCGAUAGCCAGCAGUUACGACUACGAGCGGCAACGACGAGCCGAUGCGGAAAUGGCACAGGCGCUCAAGGAAGUGGAAAAGCGACGGCUGGAGAUGCAGCGGGCCAACGAACGGGUGCAGAUGGCGCAAGGGAUCCCGAUCGAGGGUGUGGUGGUGGUGAGGAAGAAGAAGAAGACGGCGACGAAGAAGGCUGUCGGAACGGCUGACGGAGAAGUCGUGGCAACCAAACCGAAGAAGAAGGCAGCUGCAGCAGCAGCGGAAGCUACAACGGAAGCCUCAGCGGCAGAGACGACAGUCAUUGCCAAGCCGAAGAAGAAAAAAGGCAGGAGGAUAGUAGACCUGGGGGGAGAGGAGCCGGGAUUGUAG